GGUGACCGCACUCAAAAUUGUGUUUUGUUCGUAGUGCUCGCGCUGUGGUUAAUAACUAAUGAAGAGCCUUGUCGUGUUACUCGCGCUGACCGCCGCGACAGCGUUGCGGCCUUUAUUCAAUAACAACAAGCGCGUAAAACCGCUGUCAGGCCAACAAGAAGCGCCGACGCUCUUCGCGCCAAAAACGCCCUUGUCGUCCGUCGACUCGGAAACAGACGCUGCGACGACCGCGGCGGACAGCGGGCGCGUCGCGUCGUCGCCGAAACUCACACGAACCGGCGCGCCGCCGCCGACAGCCGACGACUUCAACAACGGCGCCAGCGCCAACCUCGCGUCCUCGGAGGACGACGCCGGCGCGAGCGCGCCGACGACGCCGCCGCUCCCGAAGGACGCCAAGAACAACGUCCUGAAGUGGGCGAAGAACAAGCCGUGCGCCUUCACGCCCGCGGCGCUCGAGCCGACGGAGCAGCGGAGCUACAAGGACGAGACCGACUUCCCGGAGCUGGCUUUGAAGUACUGGGCCGACCCGCGCAUCCACGGCUGGGGCAACGUCGGGUCCUCGGGCGCGGUGCACGCGUUCCUCGCGCCGACGUUCACGGCGGGUUUGGACGCCUUCGCGUACGGCGGCUUGGACACGCGCAACGCCGUGUGGAAAUCAAUUUUUUGGCGACCCACGCCAUCGAAGCGAUGUUGUACCCGUCGCUGCGUCUGCGUGAUGGCGUGAUGGCGUGGAGUUUCCACCCAUCGACGCGGAGAUGUAACCGCGCCUAACUCACUGGUUGAUUUCGACACAGGCGCAACGCGGCCUGGGACGUCGUCGACGCGGCGCGAACCAUCGUCGGCGCGCCGCCCGUGACGAAUUGCGUCGACCUCGGCACGGGCACGGGCGCCACGGCUAGAUCGCUGCGAAAAAGGUACCAGGCGUCCGUCGUCGGCGUCGACACGUCGCCCGAGAUGCUGCGGGCGGCGAGGGACCUGACGAACACGGGCUCGCUGGACUUCUGCAACGACGUGACUUAUAAAAGGCACAACGCCGAGGCGACGGGGCUCGCGGGCGGCAAGGCCGACGUCGUCUCCGUCUUCUUCCUGCUCCACGAGGCGCCGGCGGCGGCGCGGCGCCAGAUCCUGCGCGAGGGCUUCCGGUUGCUCGCGCCGGGCGGGACGCUCGCGCUCUGCGACAUCCACCCGGAGUACAACCCGUCGCCGAUCAUGCUGAGCGGCGAGCCGUACCUGAACGGCUACCUCGACAAGAUCGACUUCGAGGCGGCGACGUCGGCCGCGAAGCACGGCCUGCGGCUGCACCGGGAGGUCCUCGUCGAGGGGCGGCUCGUGCUCUGGACGUUCCAGAAGGCGCCCUGAUCAUUGUUCCCCUGUCCAGUCCCCGAAAUCAUUGUGUCUAGUCCCCUGUAAAGACCAUCACCUGUA